CUCACACUCACACACACUUUUUCUUAUUCCAUUUCUACCCUUGUGUGUGUAGUGUAACCACCAUGUCUCUAAUUGUUGAGAAAACCAACACCGGCCGUGAAUACAAGGUCAAGGACCUUUCCCAGGCCGAUUUCGGCCGACUCGAAAUCGAGUUGGCCGAAAUCGAGAUGCCCGGACUCAUUUCCAGUCGGACUGAGUUCGGACCAUCACAGCCCUUCAAAGGAGCCAGAAUCACCGGAUCUCUCCACAUGACGAUCCAAACCGCCGUUCUCAUCGAAACCCUAACAGCGUUAGGUGCCGAAGUCCGUUGGUGUUCAUGCAAUAUUUUCUCAACACAGGACCACGCCGCCGCUGCCAUAGCACGUGACAGCGCCGCCGUGUUCGCCUGGAAAGGUGAGACUCUUCAGGAGUAUUGGUGGUGUACUGAACGCGCUUUGGAUUGGGGUCCAGGUGGUGGUCCUGAUUUGAUCGUUGAUGAUGGUGGUGAUGUUACGCUUUUGAUUCAUGAAGGUGUUAAGGCUGAAGAGCUUUUUGAGAAAACUGGUGAGGUUCCUGAUCCUUCUUCUACUGAUAACGCUGAGUUUCAGAUCGUGCUUAGUAUUAUUAGAGAGGGUUUGAAAACUGAUCCUCAAAGGUAUCGUAAGAUGAAGCAAAGGCUUGUUGGUGUUUCUGAAGAGACAACUACUGGUGUUAAGAGGCUUUAUCAGAUGCAGGCUAAUGGAACUCUUUUGUUCCCUGCUAUUAAUGUCAACGACUCUGUCACCAAGAGCAAGUUUGACAACUUGUAUGGAUGCCGUCACUCACUUCCUGAUGGUUUGAUGAGGGCUACUGAUGUUAUGAUUGCUGGGAAAGUGGGUGUUGUCUGUGGAUACGGAGAUGUUGGAAAGGGUUGUGCUGUUGCCUUGAAACAAGCUGGAGCACGUGUGAUAGUGACUGAAAUCGAUCCAAUUUGUGCCCUUCAGGCUCUGAUGGAAGGUUUCCAGGUUCUGACUCUUGAAGAUGUUGUUUCUAUUGCUGAUAUCUUUGUUACCACCACCGGUAACAAGGACAUCAUCAUGGUUGAUGACAUGAGGAAAAUGAAAAACAAUGCCAUUGUUUGCAACAUUGGUCACUUUGACAAUGAAAUUGAUAUGGCUGGUCUUGAGAACUACCCUGGUGUGAAGCGCAUCACCAUCAAGCCUCAAACCGACAGAUGGGUUUUCCCUGAGACCAACACUGGGAUCAUUGUCUUGGCCGAGGGUCGAUUGAUGAACUUGGGUUGUGCUACCGGACACCCUAGUUUUGUGAUGUCAUGCUCGUUCACCAACCAGGUUAUUGCUCAACUUGAGUUGUGGAAUGAGAGGAAUUCCGGCAAGUAUGAAAAGAAGGUUUACGUUUUGCCCAAGCACCUUGAUGAGAAGGUGGCUGCACUUCAUCUUAACAAGCUUGGUGCUAAGCUCACCAAGCUUUCCCAAUCCCAGGCUGAUUACAUCAGUGUUCCAGUUGAGGGUCCAUACAAACCUGCUCACUACAGGUACUGAGAGGUGAUCUUGGUGGUGAUGAGAUUGAGGGAGGGAAGAAAAUCAGUUUUAUCAAUAGUGGUCAUUGUUUCAUUUUCCUUGUUGAUUUUUGGGUUAGACUUUUUCAGAAUUGUUGUAGAAGAACGGUAGUAGGUUUAUUGUGAUGUUGCAGUUGGUGGGCAUGGGUUAGAGGAAGGCAACCCAUUGGUUUCUGUUGAAUGAGACCAAACGGGUUUGAAUAAUGAUUUGGUUCGAGGUUGUGUGAAUUAUUAUGCUGAGUUUGAGUUUCCGUGUACACCAUUAACAGUUUGAAAAAUGAUAACAAAGUUUUUCUUGCUCCUUUUCUUA